AUAACUAAUUGAACACCACUCAAACCAAAAGAGACUUAACCUUCUGAGUUAUAUUUCUCUCGUUUCAAGCAACUCUGCUCAGGUUCAGUAACAAUGGCGGAUGAGGUGAUUCUCUUGGAUUUCUGGCCUAGCCCUUGUGGGAUGAGGGCGAGAAUAGCCUUGGCUGAGAAGGGCAUCAACUACCAAUACAAGGAGGAGGAUCUGCUCGAAGGAAAAAGCCCUCUUUUGCUGCAGAUGAACCCAGUUUAUGGGAAGAUCCCUGUACUGGUUCACAAUGGCAAGCCCAUCUCUGAAUCUCUCAUCAUUGUUCAAUACAUUGACGAGUUUUGGAAGGACAUAUCUCCUUUGUUGCCCUCUGAUCCAUAUCAACGAGCCCAGGCGAGGUUCUGGGCUGAUUACACUGACAAAAUGGUUUAUAGCAGUGUAAAGGGAAUAUACGGAGGAAAGGGAGAAAAACAAGAGAAAGCUAAGAAGGAAUUCAUAGAGGUCUUGAAGGUUUUGGAAGGAGAACUUGGAGACGAGCCUUAUUUUGGUGGUGAGAGUUUUGGGUUUGUGGAUGUCAGCUUUAUCCCUUUCUACUGCUGGUUUUACUGUAUAGAGAAAUUGUGCAGUUUCAGCAUUGAAGCUGAGUGCCCGAAGCUGGUUGCAUGGGCCAAGAGGUGUAUGCAGAAAGAGAGUGUGGCUAAGACCCUUCCUGAUCAACACAAGGUCUGUGAAUUAAUUCUGCAAAUCAGGAAGAGGUUUGUUGAAAAUGAGUGAGAGAGAGAGAGAGAGAGAGACUUAUGUAGAACAAAUGUAUGUGUAGUUGCUAUGUCAUCUUGUGUCGUGUCUUUUAGUUUUGUUGCUUUGAAAUAAAGAGAUUCUUGGCAGUU